UGUCAUUUUUUGUAUAGCGAAACUUGUAACCUAUAAAUACAGUUUGAAACAUGACAUUCCAAUAGUGAGGCAUCACAAUGUGGUCGUUACAACGAAUUCUAUUUUUCGUGAUUGCAUCAAUAGUAGUAGCUGAGUGUAAGACCAUUAAGAAAGCUCGACAUGAAGUAAGGAAAUUCCCGGAAAACUUUCGUUUUGGUACCGCCACCGCUUCUUACCAAGUUGAAGGAGCAUGGGACGAAGAUGGCAAAUCCGAGAACAUUUGGGAUCACCUUACCCACACGAACCCAUGUGUUGUGAAGGAUUGUUCAAAUGGUGACAUCGCAGACAAUUCUUAUCACCAAUAUAAGAGAGAUGUGGAGAUGAUGCGGGAGCUGGGAUUAGACUUUUAUAGAUUCUCACUUUCAUGGACCAGAAUUUUACCAACUAGCUUUCCAGACAAAAUAAACGAAGCUGGAGUUCAAUAUUAUAAUAAUUUGAUUGAUGAAAUGCUAAAAUACAAUAUUAAACCAAUGGUUACGCUGUAUCAUUGGGACUUGCCGCAAAAACUGCAGGAGAUGGGUGGAUGGGCCAACCCUAAUAUCAUUGACUGGUACUCAGACUACGCACGUGUUGCUUUUGAGUUAUUUGGUGAUAGAGUGAAAGAUUGGAUUACGAUCAAUGAGCCUCUGCAGGUAUGCUACUAUGGAUAUGGAGACAAGUCGCUGGCACCUCUUCUAAACAUUAAGGGCGUAGCAGAUUAUAUGUGUACGAAAAACUUGUUGCUAGCUCAUGCUAAGGCAUAUCACAUUUACGAUGAAGAGUUCCGCCCGACUCAAGGCGGCUCGAUUUUCAUUUCUCUAAGCGCUCAAUGGCAUGAUACGGAACAUGAAGAUUUUGCCGAUGCUGCUAAAGAUGCUAACGAAUUUACGUGGGGCAUUUAUGCGAACCCUAUCUUUUCGGAAUCCGGCAAUUUUCCCGAAAUUAUGAAAAAACGUGUGGCAGCUAAGAGCAGUGAACAAGGAUUUUAUAGAUCGAGGCUGCCGGAAUUUACUCAAGAAGAAAUUGAUUAUAUUCGAGGCUCAUCUGAUUACUUCGGCCUCAAUCAUUACUCAACGAAAUACGUAUAUAGAAAUGAAUCUGUGGUAGGUUACCACGAGACACCAUCAUUCUAUGAUGACAUGGAACUUGUAACUUAUACCAAAAAUGAAUGGAAAAUAGGUGAAUCGGAGUUUACUAAAUUUGUACCGUGGGGAUUCUACAAUCUGUUAACCGAAAUCAAAGAGGCUUACGGUAAUCCCCCCGUUGUUAUCACGGAAAAUGGAUUCGCUACUUACGGAGGCUUGGAUGACGAGGACCGCAUCACUUACUACACGCACUAUAUCGACGCCAUGCUUGAUGCUAUGGAGGAUGGCUCCGACGUCCGUGGUUACACGGCUUGGAGUUUAAUGGAUAAUUACGAAUGGCUGCAAGGAUAUACUGAGCGCUUCGGCCUGUACGAAGUGGACUACGAGAGCCCGGAACGCACGCGAACGCCGCGCAAGUCCGCCUUCGUGUACAAGCAGAUUGUACGCACGCGGGCGCUCGACAUGCACUACGAACCCGACAUUGACGUCAUGACUAUCGACGAGGGUCACUGAGCUUUUGGAAAAAUAUACAAUGACGGAAUAUAA